AUGAGUCGACUCACCGCCCUGGUGAUGCUGGUUCUGUACCAGCCGUCCAGUAUGCCCCCGUCUGCAGAACCCUACAGAAGGAACCCGUCUGGCUACAGCGAGGAUUGCCUAUACCUUAACGUAUGGGCGCCUGUAAAUGGUCAAAGAGACAUGGCAGUUCUUGUAUUUAUACAUGGUGGUGGUUUCCUACAAGGCAGCGCCCAACUACCUCUUUACACAGGACAAUAUUUGGCGGGCGAGAAGGACGUCCUCGUUGUGUCCAUUAACUAUAGACUUGGGGCUCUGGGGUUCCUCUUUCUUGGUCCGAACAGCAUCCCGGGCAAUAUGGGCCUCAUGGACCAAUGGUUGGCUCUGGAAUGGAUCCGAAACAAUGUGGACUACUUUGGAGGGGACCCUGAAAAGAUAACCAUAUUUGGAGAAAGUACUGGAGCCGCUUCUGUAGGAUUUCAUCUGCUGUCUCCGUUUUCUCGAAACCUGUUCAACAACGCAAUUCUUCAAAGUGGAACACCGAUAUCCGACUGGACGUACAAUGACGCGGCGACUGCAAGGGGCUACAGCGUCAAGUUAGGGGGAUUGUUGGGUUGUCCUUUAAUCAAUGACAUGGCGCUCAUGCACUGCCUAGUGGGGACUGAUCCUAAAAUUCUGACCAACAUCCAGCAAGCAGUAGCAACGGAUGGUAUGGCGUUUCUCCCUGUCGUUGAUGGAGUAUUCCUUCCAGAUGAUCCCAUGAAGUUGAUGGCUGCAGGUAAUUUCAAGAACGCCUGUCUGCUGCAUGGGGUUGUAGAAGAUGAAGCAACUCUUCUUCUUCUUCCAUCAAUACAGCAUAUCCUCAACUCAUCCACGCCAACAUCCAAUGUCACUUUAACAAAGGAACAAUAUGAAGAAUUGUUGACAAACUACCUGGGAAGCGUGAACAAACAUACACGAACUGAUAUAGUAUCCCUUUUCUACGAGACUGGACAGGAGCCAGGUUCAAAGGCAGACUAUGUUGAACUGUUGAAUCAGAUACGUAGCGACAUUGACUUCAAGUGUCCGGCAAUAGAAUUUGGCAGUUAUUUCGCCCGUGAUAACCCCACCUACCUCUACAGCGUCGGGCACCGUCUGUCAACCAAUCCGUUCCCGAGAUGGGUAGGCGCUGCACACUCCUACGAAAUGGAACUGGUGUUUGGUCUUCCACUGAACGCGUCGUAUGAAUUUACACCUGAUGAGCAGGAACUGAGUUUUAAUAUCAUGACAUACUGGAGCAAUUUCGCCAAAACUGGGAACCCGAACACCCCGGAGCCACUGAACAUGGCAUGGGCGGCGUACGACAACGUCAACAAGACGUACCUGGCCCUCGACGUCGUCAGUAAACUUGCAAUCAAACGAGGACUACGACAUCGAGAGUGUGCCUUCAUCAACCAGAUCCUGCCGUUGUUAGGACCAAACCCAGGUAACAACAUCCUGAAGAUCCAUGUACAAGAAUACCGAGCCUCAGGUCUCGCCAAUAAACUGCCGUCAGCCACAAGACUCCUUCACGGAAACGCCUUCUUUCACAAUCGAUUUAGAAGAUACUCAGGCAGGAAGCUAUACGCCCACGAACGAUCCAGCGACACAAGCGGGGCCAGGAACGACACCACCUGCAUGGAGAAUCGUUAUGCCCUGCGUGCCCGCGGCAGGCCACACAGCAACGCCACUGGCAUCUCUAUGGCUCGUUGUCAUAGUUACAAAACUGUUAUGCGUUUCUUGCUAAGUUAG